AUGGACUCCCUCCGUCCCGAUGGACCUUCACGAUCUUCACUUAUUUCCCCAGCGCCGGCGCCGACCAACGAUGAUAUUGAAGCCGUAAUUCAGAUGGCCACUUCAGCCCGCGCUUCGCCCGAUGGGCGAAAUGGGCCUCCAAGGGAUACUAGGACACAGUUAUUUGUGGGGAACCUACCCUACCGCGUACGGUGGCAAGACUUGAAGGAUCUUUUCCGGCAAGCUGGAACGGUAUUGCGAGCAGAUGUUUCUCUCGGUCCGGACAAUCGAUCGCGCGGCUAUGGGACAGUUCUGCUAGCAACCGCUGAAGACGCUGGUCGAGCUGUCGACAAGUUUAAUGGUUAUUCCUGGCAGACUCGUAUUCUCGAAGUACGUCCAGAUCGUCUUCCCCCUGACUUUGACAACUCCGCUGCAACCUCUGCCAUUUCCUAUCCUCUUCCCGACAUCGAUUCACUUCCACUGUACGGGUUAGAACGCCCUGCUUCAACCGCGGGCGGCGGUAAGAACUUAUUCGUGGGGAAUCUGCCAUUCCACUGCCAGUGGCAGGACUUGAAGGAUCUUUUCCGUCGGGCGGGUACUAUCAUACGCGCCGAUGUUGCGUUGGGUCAAGAUGGCCGGUCGAGAGGCUUUGGCACUGUCGUCUUUGCUACAGAUUAUGAUGCAGAAUGCGCAGUUAAAAUGUUUAACGGUUACGAGUACAAUGGACGUCCAUUGAAAGUGCACUACGACAAAUUUUCACCUUCAUCAGUUGCUCCGCCCACCUCGCCGUCAGCGUCUGCAUAUGGUCAAGCCUUAAGUGCUCCAUCAACCCAGACGAAUUCAACGUAUCCACCCUCACACAUUUCCCUGCCAACAGGAUACUUGGAUCUCUCUGCGCCCAGCUCCCCUUACGAGAUCUAUCCACCACAGCUGCAGAUGUCCAUGCCUCACCCCCAUCAUACACACUCUCACAUACAUCAGCCAACGGCACAGAAGGAACCCAUUCGACCUCCCCUCUCGCUCCCUUCUUCGCGUACUACAUCAUCUUCUGCGGCAUCCUCUGCUGAGUCUACAAGACCAUCUUUGAAUGCAAAUCCAUCUAAUUCCGCAUCUGCAAGAUCUUCGAAUAACACCCCUUCGUCAGAAGAGAAAUCGACAUCUCCUUUGGCUCAAAACUCAGGACCUACUUCUUCGUCACAUCAUGCGCAACAUCCUCAUCAUCCUGGUCCCAUAUCAAUACCUCCUCCGCCACCGGUCACCUCUUUCACGAUGCAUCCAGGCCUUCACCACCAAAUGUCGCCUGUGCUCGUAUCGCCGCUGUAUCAUCCUAUGUCGCCCCUUCACCACGUAGCAAUUCCAAUGACGCCACACGGCCUUCCUCCUAUUACGCCCUCCAUGCCUCCAUUUACAUUCUUACCGCCGCCUUCCUUCGGACAGCCACUGAAAACAAGCGACAGCGAUAUGUCCAUGAAUGGUUUCCACCAUCCACCUUCGUUUACGUCGACGUCCAUAUCUCAAACACUUCCUACGACUCCACCUCCGCCAUCACCGUCUCUGGAUUCGUCGGCAAUGACCUCGAACACGUCACUUUCCUCAUUAUACCCGUAUUCUAAUUCAGACUCUGACCUUCCGGCAUCCCCUACUUCGAAAAGGCGACCAUCACCAUCACGUCGACCGCACCCGCUACAAGCGCCCCACUUGACACCGUUCUCGCCAGGACUAGCAAUGAGUCCCGGCGCGUUUUGGGGACGGAACCCGUAUAUGAACCCAGCUCCGGGAGCUCCAGUACACCCUUACCAUAGUAAUCCAUACAUGCAAUCACAGUCAAGCCCUGGUUACUCAAUACCGAGUCCUAGUGGUUUCCAACUGCAUCCUCAACCGAGUCCUGGAGGAUUUUUCUAUACUGGACACCUCCAGGAACCGAAGGGGUACUUUGACAGUGUCAUGGCGACGGGCGGGCUCACAGGAAACAACGAUGCGGGAGGCGGUGGUGGGUAUUUCGGUUUUGGUCUCGGAGGUGUUGAAGGCGAGAUAUUGAGGGAAAAAGCGGAGUCGAAAGAGUCGAACGCAGAGGUCAAAGUACCUGAGGUGACGGUGGAAGCGGCAAAGAACUCGGCUGGCUUGGCGGAGAUUGAUGAUGUUUUCUUCACUGCUCCUGGUAGCGGGUCGGGGCCAUCAAGGACACACUCGCUGUCGGCCUCUGACGAGAAGCGGCCGCCGAUUCAGCGGACCUCUGGGUCUGACCCUACGCGGGUACUGUAG